UCCCCCUCUCUCUCUCACUGACACACACCCAGACCCAGCAGAAAACCCUAAUCCCACCCAUAAUCCUCUCUUCUCUUCGAAUUCGAAUAAGAGCCACCACCCACCACCCACCAUCCCACUUCAGAGCUCAAACUCAUCGCCGAGCCUUUCUCUCCCUUCUCUCUCUGUCGCCCUCUCUGUCCGAGUUCUCUCUGUAGCUGCUUCGCUACUCCUCGUCGUGGAUCGUCGCCGCUUCUGUGCUCCUCGCCGUGGAUCGUCGCUGCUUCUCCCCUCCUCGCCGGCGUCGUUUCUGCUUCUCUGCUCCGCACCGUGUCUCGUCGUCGUUGCUUCUCUUCUUCGCGUGGAGUCUGGCAGUCGCUGAUUUUCUACCUUUCGUCGUGUCUCAAGUCUCUGGUCUCUGCUUCAACCCUCUCAGGUCUCAGGUCUCAAGUCUCUUCUUCUCUGCUUCAAGCCUUCAACCCUCUCAGGGAUGCCGGAGGGUAAACUGCUGGUUGGACUUUCAUGGCAACCACAGCUGUUGAUUCCAUCAUCAUCAAAAGCCACAGAUGCUUGUCAUAACAAACCUCAAAGUGAGACAUCUAAUAGUAGUCUUUGGAAACCCAAUACAGAGCUUGUUGAUGGCCUUUUUGUUCCUCCUAAUGAUCCUAGAAAGUUAAACAAAUUACUGAGAAAACAAGCUAAAGAUACUGCUGGAAAAGAUUGGUUUGACAUGCCUGCUCAAACCAUCACUCCUGAGUUGCAGACAGAUCUAAAGUUGUUGAAGUUGAGGUCUGCGUUAGAUCCAAAACGGCAUUAUAAGAAGGAUGAUUCUAACUCAAAGGCACUUCCCAAGUAUUUCCAGGUGGGAACAGUUGUAGAAGAUGCAUCAGAAUUCUACUCGGAAAGAUUAACAAAGAAGGAGAGGAAAGCAACCAUUGCAGAUGAGUUGCUUUCUGAUCAAAAGCUUGCGGCAUAUAGGAAGCGAAAGGUACGUGAAAUUGAAGAACAAAAUCGAACUGUGGGGAAUACCAAGUGGAAGAUUAGGGGUCAGAAUUCCUGGAAGCGAGCAAAGGAAAGGAGGGUUUAUUGAAUUUCAAUCACUUUGGAAAAUUCAUAGAUGCUAUUUUGCCUUUUUUUUGGGGUGAAUA